AACAAAAAAGGAAAAAAAAACCCUUUCCUCUGCAAAUCUCUCUCUCGUUGGAAAUGUUCCGCAUUCUCUGAAGAUUUCCCUCUUCCCUUCCACUCUCUCCUUCGCUUAAUCUGAAUCUCUCUGCGAAUCUUGCUCGCUGUCCGGAGGAACAAUGAACGGGACAUCGUCCGAGGAGUCUUCCGAUUCAAUUCAGGGGGUCGACUCGUCCAACGCCGAGCAGAGAGUCUACUUCGUUCCAUUGAGGUGGUGGAAAGAUGCCCAAGAUUCCUCGCCUUCUGUAUCAGAUGAGAAAAAGGAAAUCUUGUAUACGGCAACAACGGGGUCAUCUUAUGGGGGCCCAAUGAAGUUGAUAAACAACAUCUUUAGCACUGAUAUUUUGUUCAAUCUGAGAAGAGAAGGAGCUAUGCUACAGAAUGGUGAGGCUGGAGAAGUCGGUGUCUCAGGCCGGGAUUUUGCUCUGGUCUCAAGCGAUAUGUGGUUACAGGCACUAAAGUGGCACCAUGAUGCCAAAAAUGCCGAGAAAAGCGUCAGAAGUUUCUCGGCUGGAGGAGUUGAUAGGGGUGAUGUUUAUCCAGUACACCUCAGGCUCUCUGUUAUGCCGGAAACAAACUCACUGGGAGUUAAAAUUAGCAAAAAGGACAAUGCGGUUGAAAGCUUCAGAAGAGCAUGCAAGAUAUUCAGUUUGGAUUCCGAGCAGUUGCGCAUUUGGGACUUUUCUGGGCAAACAAUCUUAUUUUUUGAAAAUGACACAAGCAGUUCCAAGGAUUGUCUGCGGCAACCAGAUCAGGAACUGCUCCUAGAGUUGCAAGUUUUUGGCUUAUCAGAUUCCAUCAAAUUCAAGGAUUCGAAAAGGGAAGAUGGUGCAGCAAAUGAGACUGCCAGUAGUGUUAAUGGUUCCUCAAGCUUUAGCUUCGGAAGAAGUAACUCGUUGAGUUUUUUGGGUAAAGCUGGAGAAGCUGGGUCUCUGGGGUUGACUGGCUUGCAAAACCUAGGAAAUACGUGCUUUAUGAAUAGUGCCCUUCAAUGCUUGGCUCACACACCAAAGCUUGUUGAUUACUUUCUCGGAGAGUACAAUCGAGAAAUAAAUCUUGACAACCCAUUGGGCAUGAAAGGAGAGAUUGCCUUAGCUUUUGGGGACUUGUUAAGGAACUUGUGGGCUCCAGGUGCAGCAACAGUGACCCCAAGGACAUUUAAAGCAAAACUUGCUCGAUUUGCCCCUCAGUUUGGUGGCUUCAAUCAGCACGAUUCGCAGGAACUUCUGGCGUUCUUGUUGGAUGGACUUCAUGAAGACUUAAACCGUGUAAAAUGUAAGCCUUAUGUCGAAGCAAAAGAUGGAGAUGGUCGGCCAGAUGAAGAAGUGGCUGAUGAAUAUUGGCGAAAUCACGUGGCUCGCAAUGAUUCAAUAAUUGUCGAUGUGUGCCAAGGCCAGUACAAGUCAACAUUAGUCUGUCCUAUCUGCAGAAAGGUUUCAGUUACAUUUGAUCCUUUCAUGUACCUAUCACUACCGUUGCCUUGCACAUCAAUGCGAACAAUGACAUUAACAGUCAUUAGUAGAAAUGGGAGUAAUCUUCCUGUUCCAUUGACUAUCAGUGUUCCUAAGUUUGGGAAAUUUGAAGACCUCCAGAAGGCUCUUGUCUCGUCCUGCUCUUUAACAGUGGAUGAGACUUUAUUGGUUGCUGAGAUAUACAACAAUCGAGUUAUUCGCUUUCUGGAGGAGCCUACUGAUUCUCUAACUUUAAUUAGAGAUGGUGACCAACUUGUUGUAUACCGACUCAAGAAAGACGCAGAUAAUUCUCCUUUAGUUGUGUUUAUGCAUCAGAAGAUGGAAGAGCAGUGUAUUCUAGGGAAACCAAGCCCUACCUGGAAGGCAUUUGGAAUCCCCUUGGUCUCAAGAUUCAAUGAUGUAGUUAAUGGAUCUGAUAUCGAAAACAUGUACCUGAAACUGCUUAGUCCGUUUAAGAUGCCGACUGAACUUACUACUACUGAUCCUGCAACUACAACAGAAGAAGCCAUUGAUGAAGCUGUUAUCGAUGGUACUGCUUCAGUUGAGGAAGGAAAUUCCACCGACGUGAAGGAGACUGCUGAAUCUGUUCCAGAUCUUGUAUUGAGGCUCUACUUUACUGAUGAGCGGGGAAAUUUCAUAGAGUCUGAGGUACUGAAGGAUAAGCCUAUAAGUGUUAAACCCAAGCGGGUGAAUGUGCUUGCACGCUGGCCUGUAAAAGAGCUUGAGGCUUAUGAUACUUGUCUUCUGAGCUCCUUACCGGAGGUUUUUAAAUCUGGGCCUUUAACAAAGAAACCCCAGGAAUCCGUUUCGCUCUACAAUUGCCUCGAAGCAUUCUUGACGGAGGAGCCUCUUGGUCCCGAUGACAUGUGGUAUUGUCCUGGUUGCAAAGAGCAUCGGCAAGCCGUUAAGAAGUUGGAUCUGUGGAGACUGCCGGAAAUUCUUGUGAUUCAUUUGAAAAGGUUCUCUUACAGUCGGUUUAUGAAGAACAAGCUGGAUACGUAUGUUGACUUUCCAGUAGAUGAUCUUGACCUUUCAAACUACAUCUCAUACAAGAAUGGUCGGACAACUUAUCGGUAUACACUCUAUGCCAUCAGCAACCACUAUGGUAGCAUGGGAGGUGGUCACUACACUGCUUUUGUCCAUCAUGGGGGUGACCGAUGGUAUGACUUUGAUGAUAGCAAUGUCCAUCCAAUCAGCAUGGAUAAGAUCAAGACCUCGGCCGCUUACGUUCUUUUCUACAGACGGCUCAUAGAAGAAUAGUAGCCGCGUCAUCAGAUUCACUGGCAAAUUCUUCGAGGAAAAAAUAUCAAACAGUCUUCGAGAAGCAUAUUCAUUACGCGGGAACAGAACAUAACAGGACAAGGAAGAGGAAGAGGUACGUUAAUGCAGUUUUGUCACAGCUUGAGAGGGUCGAAAAUGGGAUCGUAACACAGUCUUUAAUCUUAUCAUUGGCUCUCUCUUCUAUUCUUAUUCAUGGCCAUGUGUCCACACAGUGAACGAAUGUUACAGCAGAUCUCAUAUAUUAUUUCCUUUAAUUCAUAUGUAUGUUGUCUCUUUGGAAGAAUAUUUGUUAUUGGGAGAGGGAGGGGUUUUUUUAGGGUUCAGAACAAAGCCCUAAUAGGAGUGUUCGUUUUCAGUUUGUCAAGUAUUUGUAUCAUCGGAGUUUACUGAUUCUGUACGGUAACUCUCUGGGAAAAUACUUUGAUUUGUUAUUUUUUCCAUUCAAGAUAUGGGCUUUGAUUUGAUUA